CUGCGAUUUGCUCUGCACAGCCAAAGCACUCUCAGCGAUGAUGGUCUGACGAGAUCGCCUGGCCCUACCUUCAGACUAUAGUGGGUUUGGGUGUCAACAAGGUCAUGGCAAGUCAGUCGCAGAUAGGUCGAUGAUCAUUGCGCAGAGGAGACAAGGGCGUCUGUCAGCUCGCGCCUGAUGCACUGCAGGCUUGCACGAACAAGUUGAUCUGCCAUCCUGAGUGUCUGCUGGAAUUGACUGAAGCUGUAAGGUCCUUUCGCGCUCGCUGGCUUGCUGCGUCGCGUCGCCUUUGGCUUUGGCUAGAAAACGCCGCACGGCCAAGCGGCGUCACCUCGAAAGCGCUUAGCUUCGAUGGAUCAGCAUGACUUCAUCAGUCGAGUUGGAUAGUCUGGCUCAUCUCUCCGAGGACCUCCAUUCCCAUCGUCCCGGCCUUCGGCGCACCUUGAGUCCCAGCUCGAGCAGUACAAGCUUGCGCAAGAUGUCUGCCAAAGCGAGAGGCAAGCAACGAGAUCUAGGCCACUCGCCUUCUUCCAAUUCGCUCCUCGGCAAUCGAUCUACACGAAGACGCUACGGAACCCAGAGCGCCAAUGGCUCUGUGAACGGCAGCAUGCUCGAACCUGACACGGAAUCAGACUGGAGAGCAGAGGAGGAACAGGCCUUGCUUCAAUCUGAUCAAACUGCCGCUCAGCCCAAUGGCUUCGCGUCGGUCUCUUCGCCGCCCAAGCAAUCCAAACCAAGGAGGGAAUCAGGUCAGGCAAGGACGGUAGCUUUCGGCGCGAGCGAUAAAGUCAAAGUGCGAUUCCCAGCCAAUCUGAUCAGGAAUCAGAAGUACAACGUCGUCUCGUUCCUGCCCAUGAUUCUGUACGAACAAUUCAAGUUCUUCUUCAAUCUCUACUUCCUACUCGUCGCGCUCAGCCAAUUCGUGCCUGCCUUGCGAAUAGGCUUUCUAUCCACGUACAUUGUGCCAUUGGCGUUUGUGUUGACGAUAACGAUCAGCAAGGAGGCGUUUGAUGACUGGAAACGACAUGAAAGAGACCUUAUUGCCAACUCUGCACGCUACAAUGUUCUCGACUCCUUGGCAGCUUUGCCUUUACAUCCUUCAGACGCAUUGAAGCACAGCGCCAGUGCACAUGCGCCAAUGAGAAGCGUACCUUCCUCUCGACUUCGAGUUGGCGAUCUUGUCGUCAUCGAGAAAGAUCAACGCGUGCCUGCAGAUUGCGUCUUGCUGCGCACAUCAGACGAGUCAGGCAGCUGCUUCGUCAGAACGGAUCAGCUUGAUGGAGAGACAGACUGGAAGCUGCGCGUGGCCGUUCGAGCUACUCAGGCUCUCACCUCAGACGCCGAAUUGCUAAAGCUGGACGGAGAAAUCUAUGCCGAUGCACCUUCGAAAGACAUACAUAACUUCACCGGCACCUUCACGCUCAAUUCGAAGCCAUCUUCUGCUCUGACAGAGGAUAUACCGUCCGAUUUAGAGACGUCUUCGUUGCCUCUCAAUGCGGAAAACGUGCUCUGGGCAAAUACUGUUCUAGCAGCAGGACAAGCGAUCGGCUUCAUCGUCUAUACCGGCCAAGAGACCCGCGCCGUGAUGAAUACGAGCAAUCCGGAGACAAAGACGGGUCUGCUCGAUCUAGAGAUCAACAAGCUUGCAAAGAUUCUGUGCAUCGUCACCUUUGCGCUAUCGGUAUCACUUGUCGCAUUGAACAGCUUCAGAGGCCAGUGGUAUACCUAUGUCUUUCGCUUCGUCAUAUUGUUCUCCUCGAUCAUACCCAUCUCGCUUCGUGUCAAUCUUGACCUUGGCAAGACCGUCUACGCUCGUCAGAUUAUGAGCGACGCAGAGAUACCGGGUACGAUCGUCAGGACAAGUACGCUGCCGGAGGAAUUAGGCCGAAUAGAGUACCUUCUGACGGACAAGACGGGUACGCUGACGCAGAACGAGAUGGAGAUGAAGAAGUUGCAUAUGGGUACAAUAUCUUACACUGUCGACACCAUGGACGAAGUCUCCGCACAGCUCGAUACUGCCUUUGAAGGCACUGAAGACACUCAACAAAGUCUACUGUCUGGUCCUGGUAUGGCGAGCAGAGGGAGACGCGAUAUGUCAUCGCGCUUACGUGACAUCGUGCUCGGUUUGGCGCUCUGCCACAAUGUGACGCCUGUUAUUGAGGAAGACGGAUCAGUGACCUACCAGGCUUCUUCGCCAGACGAAGUCGCUAUCGUUCGCUGGACAGAGUCUGUCGGUCUCGUGCUUUCGAAUCGCACCAGAACAUCGAUCACGCUCAGGCGACCUGAUGGAUCUUUGCUCGAAUACGACGUACUCGAGCUCUUUCCCUUUACAUCAGAAUCGAAGCGAAUGGCCAUCAUCAUACGAGAUCGCAAAACGGAGGAAUUGACCUUUUACCAGAAAGGAGCAGAUGUGGUCAUGUCUCGCAUCGUUCAGGCCAACGACUGGCUAGACGAAGAAUGUGGCAACAUGGCUCGAGAAGGUCUACGAACACUCGUUGUUGCUCGAAAGAGGUUGGGCUCAGAUCUUUGGGAUCAAUUUCAAUCACAGCACCAUGCUGCCAGCAUCAGUACAGACGAUCGCGAAGCAGCAAUGGCCUCGGUGGUCUCGCGCCUCCUCGAACGGGAUAUGGAAUUGCUUGGUUUGACCGGAGUAGAAGACAAGCUGCAGACUGACGUCAGGAUGACACUCGAGCUGCUUCGCAAUGCUGGCCUCAAGAUCUGGAUGCUGACUGGCGACAAGAUUGAGACUGCUACCUGCAUUGCCAUCUCUAGCAAGCUCGUUUCGAGAGGCCAGUAUAUACACCAAGUCUCGAAGCUUCGCACAAGCAGCGCAGCGCGCGACCAGCUCGAUCUCUUGCGGUCGAAGCGCGACUGUUGUCUCGUCAUUGAUGGCGAAUCGCUACAGCUCUGCAUGGAGCUGUAUCUGGACGAGUUCAUCGAGCUGGCUACUUCACUCCCUUGUGUUGUCGCUUGUCGAUGCUCUCCCACGCAGAAAGCAGAUGUCGCUCGUAUCAUCCGACAGUACACUCGACGGCGGGUCUGCUGCAUUGGCGAUGGCGGUAACGACGUCAGCAUGAUCCAGGCAGCCGACGUAGGCGUCGGCAUCGUAGGCAAGGAAGGCAAGCAGGCUUCACUCGCUGCAGACUUUUCGAUCACUCAAUUCAGCUUCUUGACCAAGCUGCUCGUCUGGCACGGUCGGAAUUCCUACAAGCGUUCUGCCAAGCUAGCGCAGUUUGUCAUUCACCGAGGCUUGAUCGUAUCAGUCAUCACUGCCGUCUUCUGUAGCGUCUUCUACUUCGCACCAAUCGCCAUCUUUCAGAAUUGGCUCAUGGUCGGCUACGCGACAGUAUGGACGAUGGCGCCCGUCUUCUCACUCGUGCUUGAUCGGGACGUCGACGAGGGCCUCGCACUGCUCUAUCCGGAGCUAUAUCAAGAACUUACAAAGGGUCGAUCGCUGUCUUACAAGACAUUCUUCGUCUGGCUCAUGAUCUCGGUGUAUCAAGGCGGCGCCAUCAUGAUCAUGAGCUUGAUCCUCUUCGAAGACGAGUUCAUCAACAUUGUCGCCAUCUCGUUCACCGCACUGAUCCUGAACGAGCUCAUUAUGGUCGCUCUCGAGGUAUCUACGUGGCACCUUUACAUGUGGCUGUCAGAGAUCGUCACGCUAGUUUUAUACGUCAUCAGCAUACUGUUCCUGCCAGAGUAUUUCAACAUCGCAUUCGUGUUCUCGGUGCGAUUCGCGAUCAAGGUAGCCAUGAUCACAGCAGUGAGCACGCUCCCACUGUGGCUUAUCAAGAGCCUGCAAAAUCGGAUCUCGCCCGCAAGCUAUGCCAAGCUGCGAGGAUGACAAUGCAUUGUCGCUCAGUUGGGGUUCCAUUUGAGCGUGCCAGUGAGCCUGGACGCG